ACUCGACCGAAAAUGAUAAAAGUUUAAAAGUUUACCAAAAAUAAUAUGGCGGUUGUAAAUUUCCGUUUAAUACUCUUGUUUAUACGAUUGUCGGUUGUGUAUACUCAUAGAUAUGAGUAUAGUGAGGAGGGAAAUCAGAAACUUAACCUCACUUCUUCAGGUGCGUGGAUAGUGAAAAGUUUGAACGAUGUUAAAACUGUCGAAAGUGCAAUAACGAAGCAAAUUCCGGGCGCCGCAGAGGUCGUAAAAUGUGCGAGUGGUAGUUGUAGUGGUGAUAGUGUUGGGGAAAAUGGCGGCCAUGAUGAUGAUGCGCGCAAUGCUAUUGAGGUUAUGGAUAUUGAUAUUGAUAUUGAUAUGGAAACGAUGCGAGAAUUUGCAUUGGGGCGGAAGGUCAGGAAUAUUGAAAAUGGCGAUGACAACAAAAAACUAAAUACGAAAAAUAUGACCACAUCUGAUAAUACAAAGAAAAUCAUCGAAAAUGCAACUGCUGUAGCUACAAACACUGCAACUAUCGGUGAUGGACGUGUCGGGGGCGGCAAGGCAAUUGAUGGCACCGCGGCGGCGAGCAGCGCGCAAAAAUUGCACUUUCCGGCAGCGCCAGUUGGCGAACGUAUUCUGCUGGACGUCGAUCCGCCAACUGAUGGCCCCGCGCUGCCCCUUUCGGCCUUCUCGGUUAUUCUCGGUUGUUUACAGCCGGUUGCAUUCCCAUUAGAAACAUUGAGGGAAGCCGUUCAAGGUCGUCUCUCUUUCCAUGGGCUUUUACUUCAGGCAACAAAAAUGGAAAUCCUGCUAGUAUUAUGGUCGGUAUCUUGGCUGAUUGCCGCCGUCUACGUGCCGUACACGACACUCGUCGAGAUCUGCUGCCGGCGGCGAAAAUUUCUGCAGCGUCUCGAGAAUCAUUCGUCGGCGUCCAGCCUCGAGCACGCCGACAACCUGCGCCGCCUCCACGACAACCACAACCACCACCAUCACCUACAAAACACAUGCCACACACUCAUCCUCAACAUUUUACUAAUACUUCUAAUCGGAAGCUUGGGUCUAAUACUGGCUGGCAGCGAGCAAGCAAACCGAUCGAUCCAUACCGCCUCCACUGCCGGCGGCCGGGCGGCGGUGGCGUUCGAGGAUGUUGAACGUUUUGCGCGCAACAGCGAGAUGCAGAUUGCGUUCGUGACGGCCGCCUCGCUGGAGAUUGCGCUCGAUGCUAUUGAUAAGGAUUUACAAGACGCGGAAAAUUUACUCGGCAAACCAAUCAAGAACACAUUCGGCGAGUUCUAUAACCUCGAAAGCACGUUUCAGUCUUUGAAACUUAUUCAACAAGACAGUAUAGAAAUAUCGAAAACAGUCACAGCGAUAAAAAGCGUAUGUGUGGAGGCGGCGGAGGCCUCCAGUCGACUCCAACGACGUCUGGAUGAUCUCAUACCGCUUGUCCGUAAUAUUCGUCAGGUUUGCGCUGAACGCGAUGGAGUUUUAUGCGAAACUAUCACCGAAAACGGUUUGGUUGUCACUUUGGAUGUCAAAGAGUUGAAUGCUGACGGGAAAUUAAUAUAUCUCAAUGGGAUUUCGACUCAAACACACUUCAAUUCAUCUUUGCAUGAAGCAGAAAUGAAUUAUCAAGAUAUCGGCCGCAAGAUAGCGCUGGAAACGCAUGAACCACGUGCAGCGAUAAGAACAGCAUUGGAUCGGCAUCGUACUGACAUCCACAAGCAGUUGCGAGUAUUAGAGGACACUUCAAGGUCGUUGAUAACGUCCAUAAAACGCGGCGGUGAUGCUUUUACACCGUAUCGCGCUGUUAUCGCCUCCUGGGAGAUGUGGCGUUAUCUACUUACAUUCGUUUUGGUUAUAAUUCUCUUCAUAACAUGGAUGUUACUCCUCUGUGGCACGCCAUGUUGUUGUACACAAACAAAAAUAUCAUUUGCCAUCCUUGGAGCAUCACUGGCGGCCAUUGCUGUCAUUUUAUCAUGGUUACAAGCAACCGCCAUGUUGUUAUUAGGCGUACAUGGCGAAACAUUCAUCUGUCGGCCAUUAUAUCAACCAAAUUAUGAAAUAAUCACUGGAUUAGUUGAUAAUGGCGGUGUUUUUAGUCCAAAUGGUAGUUUAAUACAAAUUAAACUAAAUUUAAACGAAACAAUAAGAGUUGCGGAUGUGUUAAGGGCAGCGGAGAAUAACAAGACAGUCUACAAAGCGUUCAAUUUAAAAUCGCUCCUGGACAUCGACGCGUUGACGGAUUUCUCGCGUUGGUCGGACGUACGUGUCGCACUCGAAAGAAUCCGCGUGCAGCGUGAGUUGAAGAUCCUUUCACCCGCGUUGGAGAACUCCCUGUUGGAUUUUACAAAUGCCGGCGGCGUGAAUCUGACGCUGCAUCGCACACGCGCUGCGCGUCCCCCUGUCGGUAGAGACUUGCACUCAUUGUUGGAUCAGCUCUACGCCAUUGCGAAACAUGUGCGCGACGUGCGCACCAAGGGACGCCUCGAGAAUCUAACCUAUAAGCUGCGCGACAUUGUCGAUAACGAGUACAAGCAGCUCAACGACGUGCAGGAUCGGCUUAUCUAUCAUAUUACUGCGUUGGAUGUAUUGUUAAAACCGCUGGUCAAACGUGCUGAGCAAGUAUUGGUGAAUCUGACGAAGUUUCAACAAUCGAUGAAUUUCGAACUGGAGAGUAUUUCAAAGCAUCACGUAGUAAAUUACACCAACAGAUUGGAAGAUUAUCUGGCGCAGUUUCGUGCGAACGUCCUGUACGAGAUCAAACAUCGGACGGCAAAAACUGGCCCAUUAUGGCGCAUAUUCGCCGCGAUCAGGGUGACGCUGUGUGAUGGAUGCGUCGACGGCAUUAAUGCAUUAUCAUUCGGGUGUUAUUUAUCAAUUCUUAUACUGCUGUUGCUACAACCUGUUCUCUGGGGUAUAAUACGCAGUUUCCGCGAGAGAAAUGAAGACGUAGGCGAAAGAAUACGAAAUUCUAGUGUUUUAUUACACAGAAGUGUUUCCGAGGAAUUAAUCCAUCAAAAUCCACAAAAUUGGCAAACACCACGUGCUGGAUCACCAGACACGAUCGUCCGUGAUCUAGAAGAAAGCGUAUGGGUGAGCCCGAGGCAAUCUCAUGACGCGUAUUUACCUCCGACACCACCUAGGCAAUCUCACGACACGUAUUUACAGCCUCCACCGCCUAGGCAACCAGACGUGCUAACCAUCAGAACCCCGAUUGGUUUUGACAGAACAAAUUGGUCUGUAGACAGAGACACUCAUAGAGAAGUGUCGCCGGCGUUGUCGUCAACGCGUCGUUGGAUCUAAUUACGGUAGGACAACGAGGCAAUUAAAUGUCUUAACUUAAACAACAGCCUCCGGGCUCAUUUUCGUCUCCGCUGGGAAACAUUUUCGACUGUAUCUGAAUACUUUAAACAACUUUUAAAGAUGAUUGUGUUUGUGUUUGUUUUUGAUUGAAAUUCGUAGACGCAACAACGAAAAGCAAUUUAUUUCGUAAAUUUAAAAGACGCCAUUUUGUUUUACUUUUUUUAUUUUUGAUUAAAAUCAUUUGAUUCACUGUAUAAUAGUAAUAAUGACGUAAUAAUUGGAUUUGAUUUUGCGCAAUCCGAUUUAUAGGAAUAUUAUACUCACGCGCCCCAAAGUUUUGAGGGCAGACGAAAACUAGUUUCAACUUCAACUUCAAAUUCUACCGAAACUUAAUAUGCUAUUAAGCGUAUUUGAUUUAAGUCUUGAUAAUUAUAGUCUACACAAAACCAAUUUGCGUUAAUCGACUUUAAAUCGUACAUAACCAUACAAACAUCAACUUAACCUCAAUUAACAUCUAUUUUUAUUAAAUAAAAGUAAAAUAACGAGUAAAUUAUUAGUGUAAUAUUAAAAUUAGGGUGUUGACAAUUGUAACACAUAUAUUACACCGAAUGAUGAAUUAUGAUGAAUUUUAACCUCAAAAUCAUAUUUUUUUUUAUUUUUUCUUGCUUUUUUAUUAAAAUGUUUGUAGGCAACCAGCAGUACUAACGGUCAGAACACUAAUUGGUUUUUAUAGAAUAAAUUAAACUAUAGAAAGUUAGGUUAAAAGUACCACAUAACCAAGAAAAAUUCUAAUUUUAAUCAUUUAUUUCAAUAAUUUCGUGUUUUCAAAGUUAUUUUAGUUUUUCGUUAAUUAAUACCAAACUAAUUAAAAUUUCGACAUUAUCUUCCCACAUACUGAUCUAAAAUUUAAUUAUCUUUAAUUCUGCAAAAGAAUUUUUCAUUUAUCGCCACCCCUCAAAAGUUACAAUGAAUUUUAACCUCAAAAUCAUAAUUUUUUCACAUUUUUCGUGCUUUUUUACUAACAUUUUAAUGUUUGUAGGCAACCAACAGUACUAUCUAUCAAAGCACCGAUUGAUAUUAACAGAACAAAUUAAAUUGCAGAAAGUUAGGUUAAAAAUACCACAUAACCAACAAAAAAUCAAAUUUUGUAUUUGAUUUAAGUCUUGAUAAUUAUAGUCUUCACAAAGCCAAUUUGCGUUAAUCGACUUUAAAUCAUACAUAACCAUACAAACAUCAACUUAACCUCAAUUAACAUCUAUUUUUAUUAAAUAAAAGUAAAAUAACAAGUAAAUUAUUAGUGUAAUAUUAAAAUUAGGGUUUUGACAAUUGUAACACGUAUAUUACCUACUCUUAUGCAUGUAUGAAUACAUUAAAUUUGUAUCUGUAAUAAAAAUUACACAACACCGAAUGGUUUUGGAACGGU